AUGGCUCUCACGCGCAUCGCCCGCUACCUCAUCCUCUUCCUCCUUCUCCCCACCGCGCUCACCCUCCAAACCUGCGGCACCGUAACCCUGCGCUCCAACAAGCCCCACAAGCUCCACAAGGACGAACUCUGCCAUCCACUCCCCGAGCCCGCAAAAGCCUUCCUCGUCCACCCUGGCUGCGGGUGCUUAUUCUACGCAGAACGACCACAACUCCGUGAUGCCUUCAGUUUUCGCAAGCGGAGAGCGUGUGAGGGCGAUCCAAGCGCGAUGGUAUUCGGCCCAAUGUCGAGGACGGUGAAGGAGGUGUGGUGGUAUGCUUGUGGUUUAGAUGAGGUCUAG